UUCUCCAGUGCAUAUCCUACGCAAUUUGAUGCCUUCUUGUCUCAGUUUUUUGAUAGAGUUGUUAAUAUUCAAAAAUGGCAGCAACUGAAGCAUGAAGCAACUAGCAUGAUGAAGCAGAUAGAGAAUCUUGAAGUUUCUAAACGGUUCACAAACUUGUCAUAUUUGGUUUUCGAAAGCAUCUCUUACACUUGCAUCUGUAAAUGGCUCAGGAAAUUGUUGGGAGAGAGUCUAGAACUAUGCACCAUUGAAGAACUGCAAGAAAUAGAGCAAAAGUUGGAGAGGAGUGUGAACUGCAUUUGAGCAA